AUGGGUGUAACCUCUCUGUUGAACAGCAACAGUGUGAACUACAACGCCAAGGGCAAUCGCUUCGAGCACAGCAACGGCCACCAGAAUCAGCAGCCAGAAACCGGUCUGUUACACUACAGCAAGGAAAUGAUCCGAGAUAUCAACUCAGCUCCGCUGCAGCCAAGCGACUUCGAAAGCUUAUGGAACAGUCUUCUGUCGCUAGAAGCAACCAACCAGCGAUUGCCAGCGGUAGGAGCUUCACCGUUAGAGCAGGGGACCUUGCUCGCCCUCAUCAACUCACAAGAGACUUCAGCAGCGUUGGAGACAAUGUCCAACCGCUCAACCUUGGUACCGCAUCCGAUAGAUUGCCAAUCCUUUGCGGUCAAUUUGAAUACUGCAACAAACAGGUCAAUUCUAUCUCUGACCCCUUGUCUGUCCAGUCAGAACCGGCUCCCCUCUCUGAUCCUGUUACCAGCCCCCCAGCCAUUAACCCAACAAGCUCAAUUGCGCACUGUCAGCCCGUCACCAGCUCAUCUGCCUUUACCUCACCCGGAGUCAGACAUCACUUACCUGGGUUCCGGCCAACAACCUUUGCAAACCCAGCAAAAAUUACUGGAACCCCAUAUGGCUCAAAGCUAG